AUGAGGAGAAAGAUGAUGUUUGAUAGUGUUAAUGACGUUCUUGUGCAAAUAUUAAGGAAAAAGAAAGGAAGGAUUCCAAAUGGAGAGAAGAUAUUGAUGGAAUUGUGGUCAGAAAUAAAUAAUCUCCAAAGUAACAAAGGGAGUGAGCAAUAUGAUGAAGUAUUAAAUAUCAUAGCUAUGGAUGUGAAUAAAAAGUCAGAAGAUUGGGAUGAUAAUUGUAAUGAGAUUCCAAAUUUGGCUUUAGAUAUAGAACGUCUUAUUUUUAAAGAUUUGAUUAGUGAGAUUGUGAACUUUGAGGUAGCUAAUCUACAAGAUGGGCCUCGGAAGCAUUGUAGGAAAUUAUUUAUUAUGUAG